AUGAUGCUUCCUGAUUCACCACAAAAUAUUGUUGUUGUAAGAGCACCCUCACCAUCAGUUCAUUAUAUAGCUGGUAGUAUGAUUAGUGAUACAUCAAGUAGUAUUUUAUUAACACCAAAUCAUCACCAACAAACAACAGUACAACAACCAAUUCAUUCAUUUAAUCAACCUGUUUCAGAAUCAUGGUGUUUAACAAGUGUUAAAGUUAUUAAAUUUUCAUUUCAUUGGACAAUAAAUAAUUUUUCAUUUUGUCGUGAAGAAAUGGGUGAAGCAUUAAAAUCAUCAUCAUUUUCAGCCAAUGCAAAUGAUAAACUAAAAUGGUGUUUACGUCUUAAUCCUAAAGGUCUUGAUGAAGAAUCCAAAGAUUAUUUAUCACUUUAUUUAUUACUUGUUGCUGCACCAAAUAGUGAUGAAACAAAAGCUAUGGAAUCUCAACGUGCUUAUCGAUUUGUUCAAGGAAAAGAUUGGGGUUUUAAAAAAUUUAUUCGUCGUGAUUUUUUAAUCGAUGAAACCAAUGGUCUUUUACCAGAUGAUAAAUUAACAUUAUUUUGUGAAGUUAGUGUUGUUGCUGAUAGUGUUAAUAUUAGUGGACAAACACAAAUUAAUUCACUUAAAAUUCCUGAAUGUCAUUUAAGUGAUGAUUUUCAAUCAUUACUUGAUAAUUCAUGUUAUUCUGAUGUAACACUUGUUUGUGGUCAAAAAGAAUUUCCUGUUCAUAAAGCAAUAUUAAGUGCACGAUCGAAAGUUUUUCAAGCAAUGUUUGAACAUAAAAUGUUAGAAAAUGAACGUUCACGUGUUGAAAUUGAAGAUAUUGAUGCUGAUAUUAUGUUUGAAAUACUUCGUUUUAUAUAUACGGGUAAAGCACAUAAUCUUGAUACAUUAGCUGAUGCACUUUUACCAGCAGCUGAUAAAUAUUGUUUGGAAAGACUUAAAGUACAAUGUGAAGAUACAUUAUGUACAACAAUUGAUCGUGAUAAUGUUGCUGAUACACUUAUACUUGCUGAUCUUCAUUCAGCAAUGCAAUUACGACAACAAGCUAUUGAUUUUAUAAAUGCACAUCCGCAAGAUGUAUUAGAAACACCGGGUUUUCAAACAAUGAUUCGUACACAUCCACAUUUAUUAGCCGAUGCUUAUCGAGCAAUGGCAUCAUUACAAAAUAAUAUAAUUUGUCCGCCUAGAAAAAAACAAAGAACUACAUGA